AUGGGUGUGUCACCCUCGAUGAUUAUUCUUGAUCGUCAAAUUUUGAUCAAUUAUUCUUCCACAAGCACUAAUGCACUGAAUGAGAUUCCCAAAGCAGUUCACAUUUACCCCGGCUUAUUAGUUGGCACGGUGUAUUUUUGGCACGGUCUACGGGAAUUCCAGUCACAUGGACAAUUGCAGAUGAGCAAAGUGAUAUAUAUUACAAGUAUACCCUAUGACAAAACAGAAGAGCAAGUUCUUGAUAUAGCCAAGUCUGUAGGCCCAGUUGUGUCAUCAAAACUAUUAUUUGACCGGGAAACCGGAAAAUCAAGAGGGGUAUGCUUAGUGGAGUAUCCUGAUUAUGAAACGGCGUCAAGUGCAGUGCGAAACUUGAACAAUUUUCCAGUUAGUGGAGGAGAUGGAUCGAAAGGAGGAGUGAUGCGAAGAUAUUUAAAAUGCAAUUUCGCUAGUGAAUCUACAAUAAUCCGGCUGUUAAAUGGAGAAGGUUGGAAUGGCGGACGAGGUUAUGGGGGUGAGAACAGUGGGGACUCUAGAUAUGAGCUUGAAAGGGAAAUUCCACCACUUCCAGCCGGUGUUAAUGUAAUGGAUAGUAGUAUGGAUGGCCUAAAUGCGGCGAUAUAUCAAGCUUUGGCAAACAUCAAUGAGCCCAGAAUGAAGAAUUUGGUGAGGGAUGCUAAGGUGAUGUCUGAUGACAAUCCGGAAUUGAUGGGGGUGUUACUGGAGACACAUCCACAGCUCAUUUAUGCUUUGGUGCAGAGUGCCAUGCUGCUCAAUCUGGCUUCACCUGCCAAAAUAAAGGAGUUAUUGGCUGAACAAGUUGUUGAGAAGGCGAACCUAGAAAAUCCGGCUGCAGAAAGUACGGAUAAUGUGAAAGAGCAAGCACCUGAAGCCAAAGAGUCCAAAAAAACUUCUUCUGAUGCUUCAGAUGAGCAGGUACUUACAGAUGAGCAGAAGAAUGUGAUUAAGGCGAUUUGCACGAUGUCUGAAGAAGAGAUCAAGAAAUCAGUGACUGAUCCACAGCAGCAAAAACUCUACCUCGAGAUUAAGAACAGGUAUUCGAGCACGAAUUUGUGA